AUGAACCAACAAACAUCAACUUCAUUGACAUCACAACCAACAACAUUAAUCAACAAUGGUGCAUGGAGGUCGCCAGUUGACAAAUAUAUGACACCUCGAGGUAGCAUUAAGUCAACGAUAAAGGGUGGCAAGCUAAUGGCCAAUGGCAAUCUACACGAGAUGUUGCGAUACAAGGCCACUCAGAUGUUCCUUCAAACAUUUGAUAGUGUUGCCAAAGACUACCCACCCAACCAAACUCUGUUGUCCUAUGCAGCCAAGUACAAUAACACAACUGUGUUCAAGCAUCUGAUCAAUCAUCCAAACAUGUCCAUGAACAUUGACGAGAUGCCCUCAUUCAUUUGCCAGCAUGGCAAUGUCGACAUGCUUCAGGCCUACCUCAAGGCGACCGAUCAUCAUCCUUGGCCAUGGCCAAUCAAGGGAGUGCGGCUAAUUCCCCAAGCAAUCGACGCUGGCAAUGUAGAGUUUGUUCGGUUGCUGCUCAAACAGUUGAACCUUGAUCACUGCUUCAAUGAUCCAAACGCAAUGCUAUCAAGUGUCCAGUUGAAUAAUCGCGGAGUCAGUGUUGAAAUGCUCAAGUUGUUGCACGAGGAUUACCGUUGUCUAUUCAGACUCACUCGUUUGUGGCAUGCGGCACUACUCCAUUCGACAAGGUGCAACAUGGUCGACAGUGUUCAGUACAUCAUUGACAACAUGCCAACGCCUGCUGAGGGCUACGGCGACUCUGGUUCACUCCUCCCAAGGUGUUUGAGACACUGUGCCAAGGUGGGCAACAUCACUAUGUUCCGUGUGUUUGUCUCGGCACAUGCAGGCGCCAGGUACAUCUGGUUGAAUGAUCUGCGGCUCAUGAUCAGCAAGGCGCUGAACAAUGGCCAAGCAGAGUUCAUCAAAUACUUGUACGAUCAUCAUGUUGGCAAUGACAGUGUCACAACACAAAGCGAGACUGCCAUACUCAGCUGUCUGGAAUUGGACAAUGGCGAUAUUAAGCUGCGCUUCACACCUUUGUCAGCCAUCCGCAGUGGCGACAUUGCCAAUGUCGAGGCACUCUCUGGCAAGCAGGUCAUCUCAUUACCAAAGAAGGUAUGUCUGCGCAUGUCAAGGGAGAUGGCCGAGUUCAUCUCGAGUCCGCGAGCGACACAACUUACAUUCAGGGAUAGCUCUAUCCUCAAUAUGAUUGAAGCAGUGGGCAAGCCUGGUAGCAACAUCACGGCGGCUAUUAUAUGCGAUUUCAUUGCCAAUUGCACUCACUGGCAGCCCUCAUUGUUGGAUACUGCGAUGAGGAACGCAGCAGGACUCUCGGCUAAUAUGAUGAAGAUUCUUCGCUCUAAACUUGACGUCACUCCACAGCAGAACUAUAGGUAUGAGGUGGUUUCUGCUUUGGACAAUGGAUGUCGCGAGACCAUGGAGUUGCUCUUUGAACAUCUGACCACACGUCAACAACUCGAUCAUUAUCAGAUCAAGACUUCAGCAUUCUCCUUCAUCAGCAAAAGAUCAUUGGACGAUGUUAAAUAUUUGUUGAAGCAUAUGGAAUCACUCCGGAAAGAUCCUCAUAUAUUCAUUCGUGGCUUGAACAAUCCCAAUCCGGGGUUGUUUGAAUACUUGAUCGACUCGAUCACUUGCAAGUACUUGGACGACAGAUGUUUGAAUGAUAUAAUUGAUUGUUCAUUGGCAGUGGACAAACCUUAUAUUAUCGAUACAUUACAACAACUAGAGAACAAGGUCUCACUUAAUCCACCAAAAGAUACACUUUGUGAGAUGAUUGAGUAUCAUUGA